UGAACUUCCAUUGCAUUUCUCCAGCAACGGACUAACCAGGCCCCUCGCAGCCGCUACACGGUGCCCCCGAGCCGGGCGGAUUCCCACCGCAGACCCGGGAGGUGAGACGGUGGUGGCACAGCGGAGGACGACGGACUCCAUAACCACUGCGAAGGCCGGAUCUACGGCGGGGAAAAGCCCAGGAUGUGAUGAAAUCCUAAACAAAGUGCGACACACACACAGACACACACAAGCCCCUGCACAUCAUAAACGGGCCCGUCUUGCACUGCAACUUUGCGUUUUUGGCUCUCGGUGGGCGCAGAAGGCGGAUAAUCAUAGAGGUGAGGUCGGGGAAAUUAUUGUCUGGGGAAGGGUGACGCGCACUUCUCAGCAGCCCCUGCGCUGUCAGACGAGGAAGUGAAGCUUCACACACGCCCAUUUGAGCCUGUCGACCCUGCUGAAAAAGCCCAGAGCCGCUCAUCAGAUAACACAGCAACGGACUUUCCAAACAUGCGCCCACUUUCGGAUGGACGGCAGCGGGAAUAACCUGCAGGACGUCGAGCAUUUCAGCAGCGUGCUUCAGUGUUGAAGGAUGGACAGGGAGCUGGUUCGGCAGAGCCAAUCAGAUCACGGCGAGGCCACCAAUGGAGCGAGCCCUCCGACCGCCACCGAAUCCUCCACCACCCCUACGACCCCCACCCCUCCUCGGCUCACCCCCAACCCCAUGCUCCUGGACUCCCCCACACCCUCGCUGACACCCACCACCUCCUCCCCUCCCCCGCCUCUCACUCCCGCUCCCUCCAUCACCACAAACCAUGGACCAAAGGCGGCAGCAGCAACGGCCGGCGCUCCGUCUCCUCACGUCCUCGUCCCGACUCCCCCUAAACUUACCUCCACCCCUGCCCCCACCCUCCGCACGUACUCCCGCCACAACCAUUCUUCCAAAAUUUCUCCCUCCAUGCAAACCUCCCCUUCCUCCUCCCUUCUUCCUCCCCCUUCGUCCUCCUCCUCUCCUGUUGUAGCGACUGCUCCUUCACCACUCCUCUCAUCCUCUCCAACUUCUUCUGCAACGCACAACAGCACCACCAUGUCUACCAAGAUCUCCACCAGCCUGACCAACGGGAGCACUAGGGUCCUCUCCGCAACCUCAACGCCAAUCACACCGUUUCACACACCAGCCAGUCCACCUGGCAGACAGGUAUCACAGACUCCUGUGGGCACACCUGGUCUUGUGCGAGCCAAUCAGAACCCCUCCCCUGUCAGGCAUCCCAAGGUAUCCCAGCAGACAUUGCUCCUUGGGAAAGGUCUCAAAGGGUCGGGCCAAGACCAAGUGUUGCUUAGAGCUCAGAUGCUCCAGAGUCUCACCUUGAGGCCUCCUCCCCCCGGGACUCUCGCAAUCCCUCCUUCCCUACGCCUCAAGCCCAGCGCCACGGCCCCGCCUCCCCUCACUCGACCUCAAGCCCCCCUCUUCCCAAUUCUCAAGCCGCGACCUCAGUCCAGCACCACGGCAACGGAGUGCCCAACCACGCCCAGCCGCCACCUCGCCGUGCCUCCUCCAACUCUCUAUUCUCCGGUUCGAGCCGUCCCUCUGAGACCCAGACUUCACUCUCCUAACGGUCACAGAGCGGUAUCACCUCGACAGACCUCUGCCCUCCAACCAAUCGCUGCUGCUCCCUCCAGCCAGGCGUCUCCCAUCAGCAGGCCGCUGGCUGGACUGAAGAGCUGUCCGUUAACUCACAGCCCGGUAUCUGUCUCCAACGCUCUGUCAGCUGCGCCGCAUUUUGAGCGCUCGUUGUCUGCAGCGAAGCAGCUUCAGAUCAUCGCCCUCUCUUCGGGUCGCCAGCCACAGCCGGGAACGUACACGCAUGCUUCGGUGCAGCCGCCGCCUCCAGCUGCAGAGUCGCCUGAGGUUUCCGCCCAAUCAAAGAGGACUUUGAGCACCGAAGACGUCCUUCCUCCUCCUUUAAACCCCUCGUUGCCAAAAACCACCUCUCCUCUGCCCUCACCUCCAUCCCUUCUGAGUCCAGCCUCUCCGCAGAGUCAAGCUGAGCCCCAGCCGCAAAAUCUGACCCAGAAGGUGGAGGUAAAGGAGGCUGAGGAGCAGAGAAAGAGAGCUACGGCUGUGAGACAGGAAGUCAAAGAUGAGGAAAGCGUCGCUAAAGACCUGAGGGUGGAGAAAGAUGACCAAAGAGAGAAAGUGAAGGAGGAGGAGCCCAGUGAGGAGCAAAUCAGUCAGGAGGUGCAGGAAGUUAGCCCAGAGGAAGAUCAAAUGGAAGUGACAGAGGAAGGCCAAAGUGACAGAGAGAGGAGAGAGGAAGGCAAGGACAAGAAGAUGGAGGAGGAAGAGGAAGGAGAGACUCCAAUGGACCAGUCUGAGAACCAGACUGCACAGCUUCCCCAUCAGUACCACAACACAGACCCUAUCCCGACACCUGAUUCUGUUAAAGACUCCACUGUGGACUUGAAACCCAUCACGGGUCUCAUUUCAAGUCCAGUUCCAGUCCAAACUCCAGCACCAGUCCCGGUACCAGAGCCGGCUCCAGUCCCUGAAGCCUCUGCCCAGAGUCAGAGACUGCCAGAGCCUCAGAAAGACCUUCAACCCGUUAGCCAGGAGGACUUCUGUGAGAACAUGUCAACCCAGUCCGACAAUCAGUCAGCGUUGUCCAGCCUCUCCUCCCAGUCUCCCCCCUCCUCACCCAUCAUCACCCCUUCGGCAGAAAACCCUCCUCCUCUCCUCCCGGCACAGACCGCCCUCCCGACUGACCUCAGCCUAUCACAGCAUGAGCCAGUGAAGGUGGACAAAGCAGACGGUGAGCCGCAGCCCCCCACGGAAACUGAGGCAGAGCCUCUUGGCCAAUUGGAGGACGAGUCAGAGAGCUUCAGCCAAUCACUGAGCAGCCCCUGGGAGCCAAGGCCGUGGCCUGAGGGACGGCAGGUUCUCACCCACCUGGUGGAGGGAUUUGUCAUCCAGGAGGGGCUCCAACCGUUUCCUGUGAACCGCUCAUCCCUGCUGGUUCCAGAGCAGGUGCCCAAACCGCAGGAAGUGAAUGGGACCAAUGGGAAAGCGGCGCUGCCUGUAACGGAAACGAUCAAACAAACUGAACACUCCACAGAUUCAGAAGAAGAGGAGGGAGGAGACACGGACGAUACUGGGAGCAGGUCGGGCCACAGAGACCGAACGGUGCUGCACUGCCAGUUCUGUGGGAAGAGGGGCCACGCACACAACUUCAUGCGCUCCAAACGGUUCUGCUCCACUUCCUGUGCACGCGGGUUUAACGUUCGUCUGACGAAGCGUCUGCGGGCUCUCAGCGCAGGAAGCCGGUCGGAGAAGCCUCGUCCUGCCCUCAACCGGGCGGAGUCAGUCCCUGGGAAACCCCUCCUGCUGCGGCUGCCUCGUGAUCUGUGGAGCGCCGGUCAGCGUGAGAAAGAUGGAAAAGAAAAAGCAGCGGCGGCAGAAGAGGACGAAGAUGAAGACGAUAUGGUGGGAGGUGGAGGCAGGGAGGGGGAAGACGAUGACGGAGGAGAGGAAGACCCCGCUGUCGCCAUGACGGCUAGGAUGGAGCGUCGGGCGGCACGGAGAGCGAGGAGGGCGUCGGCGCCGGCCGUGACCACUUCCACGCCUACCACCACGUUUAAGCCAGCUCCCUCGCAGUGGAGCGUGGAGGAAGUCACCGCCUUCAUCCACACGCUGCCAGGCUGCAGUGACGUAGCGGAGGCUUUCCGGGUGCAGGAGAUCGACGGCCAGGCUCUGCUGCUGCUCACCGAGGACCAUCUGAUGACCAGCAUGAACAUAAAACUGGGACCUGCUCUGAAGAUCUGCGCUCACAUCAAUGCACUGAAAAACCAAUGAGAGACAAAGACAAAGAGAAACAAAUUGAGAAAAAGAGAAAGCGUGGGUUUAAAAUGGAAGAGGGAAAAAAGGCAAUAAAGACGCGAGGAAAAGAGAGAAAUCGGCGGAAGUCAAAAGCUGACACCAAGGAUGACAGAACAAAGUCACAAAAAGAGAUUUGUGGGAAUUUAUAAUUUAUGAGAUUAUAAAUCUAGGCGUGGCCUUAGCAGAUGGGAACUGGAUAGGAGUGCAGGAGCAUGACGACACCAGAGUCCAUGAGAAAUUUCACCAGUUUUGGGCCCUCUGACUGUAGCAGGAGACCAGGGGGGGUUUUGUAACUUUGUGUAUAUUUUACAUGCCGCUGGAGAGUGUACAUUUGAAGCUAUUUGAUGAAGGAUUUUGAACAUUUAAUAUAUAAAAUUUGUCUAUUUAGUUUUUUUAGAACGUGACGUCAACAACAAAUCUAUCCAGUAGCUAAACAUAACCCGUGUGUGUAAAAGGAAAAAAAACAAUGCGUAGACUUUGUAAGUGAUUAAUGAAAGUUUAAUGUUUUAUAUCACUAUAUUCUGGACAAAGACAUGUCUGUGUAUUAAAAAAAGUCACUAUCAGGGUAGAGGCUGGUGUCUUUAAUCGUCACAUUUUUAUGGUAUCCUGCUUGAAAUUAUUUAAUAAAUGAAUAAUUAAUCAUCAAA